GGACCUUUCGGGGAAUUCGCUUUCUGGUUCGAUACCCCGAGUAUUCAGCACCAACAUUCAAACGAUAGUGCUUGAAUACAAUUCAUUCAGUGGACCCAUCCCACCACACCUGGCAAUGCCCAGCCUUGUUGAGCUUCGAUUGUCCGACAAUCUGUUCACAGGAGGCAUCCCUAACACCUUCACUCGGCUAACUGGCAUGAGUUCUCU